AGGAACAAAGACGAAAUGAAGGAGAAGAAGAUGCAGCUAAUGGUGGUUUUCAUUCUUCUUCUCGGUGUCGCUUCUCCUAUGAACGACGAAGGGAAAGCUUUGAUGGAGAUAAAAGGCUCAUUCAGCAACGUAGUGAACAUGCUUUUGGACUGGGACGAUGUUCACAACAAUGACUACUGUUCUUGGAGAGGUGUCUACUGCGACAACGCUAGCUUCUCCGUUGUCUCUCUGAAUCUAUCGAAUCUGAACCUUGGAGGGGAGAUAUCACCAGCUGUUGGAGAUCUACGGAACUUGCAAUCAAUAGACUUGCAAGGGAAUAAAUUGGCUGGUCAAAUUCCUGAUGAGAUUGGAAACUGUGCUUCCCUUGUUUAUCUGGAUUUCUCUGAUAAUCUGAUAUAUGGAGACAUACCCUUCUCAAUCUCCAAACUCAAGCAGCUGGAUACUCUGAACUUAAAGAACAAUCAGCUCACAGGCCCACUACCUGCAACCUUAACACAGAUACCAAACCUUAAGAUACUUGAUCUUGCAGGGAACCAUAUAACGGGUGAGAUACCAAGGUUACUUUACUGGAAUGAAGUCUUACAGUACUUCGGCUUACGUGGGAAUAUGUUGACUGGAACGUUAUCUUCUGAUAUGUGUCAACUCACCGGUUUGUGGUACUUUGAUGUGAGAGGCAAUAAUCUAACUGGAACCAUCCCGGAGAGCAUUGGAAACUGCACAAGCUUUGAAAUCCUGGACAUAUCUUACAAUCAGAUAACAGGAGAGAUUCCAUACAACAUCGGUUUUCUCCAAGUCGCUACUCUGUCUCUACAAGGAAACAGAUUGACAGGAAAAAUUCCUGAAGUUAUUGGUCUAAUGCAGGCUCUUGCUGUUUUGGAUCUGAGUGACAAUGAGCUAGUGGGUCCUAUUCCACCAAUACUUGGCAAUCUCUCAUUCACUGGGAAGCUGUAUCUUCAUGGCAACAAACUUACUGGUCCCAUCCCACCUGAGCUUGGCAACAUGUCACGCCUCAGCUACUUGCAACUAAACGAUAAUCAGCUAGUGGGAACUAUCCCACCUGAGCUUGGGAAGCUUGAGCAAUUGUUUGAACUGAAUCUUGCCAACAACCGUUUGGUAGGGCCGAUACCAUCUAACAUCAGCUCAUGUGCAGCCUUGAAUCAAUUCAAUGUUCAUGGGAACCUCUUAAAUGGAUCCAUACCAUUGGCGUUCCGCAAUCUUGGGAGCUUGACUUACCUAAAUCUUUCGUCUAACAACUUCAAGGGCAAAAUACCAGCUGAGCUUGGACAUAUUAUCAAUCUUGACAAACUAGAUCUGUCUGGCAAUAACUUCUCAGGCUCUAUACCAUUAACCCUUGGUGAUCUAGAACACCUUCUCAUAUUAAAUCUCAGCAGAAAUCAUCUGAAUGGACAACUGCCUGCAGAGUUUGGGAACCUUAGAAGCAUUCAAAUUAUUGAUGUAUCAUUCAAUCUGCUCACCGGAGUUAUUCCCACUGAACUUGGCCUGUUGCAGAAUCUAAACUCUUUGAUAUUGAAUAACAACAACCUUCACGGGAGAAUCCCGGAUCAACUCACAAAUUGCUUCACUCUCAUCAAUCUGAAUGUUUCCUUCAACAAUCUCUCCGGAAUAAUCCCACAAAUGAAAAACUUCUCUCGUUUUGCUCCAACCAGCUUCCUUGGGAAUCCUUAUCUCUGUGGAAAUUGGGUUGGAUCUAUUUGUGGUCCUUCUUUGCCUAAGUCCAGAGUAUUCUCCAAAGCUAUUGUGAUCUGCAUUGUUCUCGGUAUCAUCACUCUCCUAUGUAUGAUACUCAUCGUGGUUGUCAGAUCUAAGCAACAGAAGGAAAUCAUAAAAGGCUCCUCCUCAAAACAAGCCGAAGGCUCAACCAAGCUAGUGAUUCUCCACAUGGACAUGGCGAUCCACACAUUCGAUGACAUCAUGAGGGUAACAGAGAAUUUCAACGAGAAGUUCAUUGUUGGAUACGGUGCUUCUAGCACGGUCUACAAAUGCACUUUGAAAACUUCCCGACCUAUUGCAAUUAAGCGACUCUACAAUCAGUACCAGCACAACUUGCGUGAGUUUGAGACAGAACUCGAGACCAUAGGACGCAUCAGACACAGAAACAUUGUCAGCUUGCACGGAUACGCCGCCUUGUCUUCUGUUGGAAACCUUCUUUUCUAUGAUUACAUGGAAAAUGGAUCUCUUUGGGACCUUCUCCAUGGGACAGCAAAGAAAGUGAAGCUUGAUUGGGAGACGAGGUUGAAGAUAGCGGUUGGAGCUGCGCAAGGGCUUGCCUAUCUUCACCAUGAUUGCACUCCUAGGAUCAUCCACCGUGACAUCAAGUCUUCGAAUAUACUUCUUGAUGAGAACUUUGUGGCGCAUUUAUCAGACUUUGGGAUUGCUAAGAGCAUACCAGCGAGCAAAACGCAUGCUUCCACUUAUGUUUUGGGGACUAUUGGUUAUAUAGACCCAGAGUAUGCUCGCACUUCGCGUCUCAAUGAGAAGUCUGAUAUCUACAGCUUUGGGAUUGUUCUUCUUGAGCUUCUUACUGGGAAGAAGGCAGUGGAUAACGAGUCUAACUUGCAUCAACUGAUCUUGUCAAAGACGGAUGACAAUACUGUGAUGGAAGCGGUUGAUCCAGAGGUUACUGUGACUUGUAUGGACUUGGGACAUAUCAGGAAGACAUUCAAGCUAGCUCUUAUGUGCACAAAGCGAAACCCUUUAGAGAGACCCACGAUGCUUGAAGUCUCUAGGGUUCUGAUCUCUCUGCUCCCAUCUAUGCAAGUGGCGAAGAAGCAGCUGUCUUCUCCUGAUCCAUCAAAAAAGGCUACAGACUAUGGAGUUAGGGACCAGCAUCACUCGAGGAGCGAAGAAGGAUCGCAAUGGUUUGAUCAGUUCCAUGAAGUUAUCUCCAAAAGCAGCGUGUAAGGUUUCAACUUUGAAAGAAGCUUCUCCUAGGGUUUUUGCCUUGCUUUCUUGUUUCCCAAGGAAGAUGGUGUUGCAAAUCGGAAGGGAUGGUUUUUUAAGGUAAUUUAGUGUAGUACAAGGGGCAUUUUGGGUAAGGAAAAAGAAAGUAUGUUUGAUGUGUGGGAAGCAUUUAAGAGAAGAACAAAGGUUAUAUAUGAAGAAGUUAAUGUUUUUGUUU